UUUUUAGAAAUGUUAAUAUUUAUCCAUCUAAUCCUUUAUAUAUUCAUCCAUUCUCUACAAAGCAUAUCAAAGAAUGUUUAUGGGAUUGAAAACUCUUCUAAUAAUAAUCUGAAACACAUAGAAUCUAUUUAUGAUAAAGAUGAAAAGCCGUUGACUAUUAAACGCACUAAGCGCUACCCUGUUGGCGAUGGAUGGGGGGAACCGCUUGGGGACGGUGCUGGUGGCGGUUGCUCUGCUCCAACUUGCGGAAGAGGCUUUUGUGUCCGUGGUUGUAGUUGUGUUCGUUGCAGACCAAAAAUUUGGUAUCCACCUCGUAUUAGAAAAAUUCAUUGGGGGCCGAGACGACACAGAAAGAUAAGACGUCACUGGUGGUUGAGAAGAUACGUGGUUAUUGAAUACUAA